GGGUUUUGAGCUCAUAAAAAACACGAUUGACCGAUGCCUUUUUUUUGCUUUUUUCCGAAGGCGCAAAAACUAAUCUAUACAAAUUGACAAUGGCCGAAAUUGCAGUGUCCUUUCUUCUUGAAAAACUCGCAUCUUUUCUGCAGAAUGAGGUUGAACUUUUGCGAGGGAUUCCAGAAGAUUUGGAGUACAUCAAGGACGAGUUGCAGAGCAUGAAGGCAGUCCUGAGAGUAGCAGACUCGGUGGGGGAGAGUAACCAAGAACUCAAGUUCUGGGUUCGGCAAGUAAGAGAGGUCGCUUACGACACAGAAGAUAUCCUGGAUGAAUACAGGCUUGACGUUGUCAAUGAUCAUACGCAAGGGAUUGGUGCUGUUCUAUACAAUGUUUGGUGCUUUACAAAAAAUUUGAAAGCUCAGCACGGGAUUGUUUCCAAGAUACGUGGCAUCAAAUCCAGAAUCAGCAACAUAUCUGCCAGGCGUCCAAACUAUGACAACAAUGGUACAAAUGAGCAAGGCCCAAGCUCCACUGCUGCAGUUAAUCCAUGGCUGGACAGAAGAGGGGAUGCCCUCCUUCUAGACAGCGUUGACUUGGUAGGUAUUGACGAGCCCAAAACGCAACUGAUCAAUUGGUUGGUUGAGGGAAACUCUGGGCGCAAGGUGGUUUCAGUGGUUGGGAUGGGAGGUUCGGGCAAAACUACCUUGGUGAAGCAAGUCUAUGACAAUGCAAAGGUGAAGAAACAUUUUGCUGUACAUGUUUGGUUUACUAUAUCUCAUCCUCUCAAGAUUGAGGAGCUCCUAAGAAAUAUGGUACGGCAUCUCUUUGAUGCAAUCAGGAGGCCAGUUCCUCAAGGUGUGGAUGACAUGGAUGCGACUUUGCUGAAAAUGGUAAUCAAGGCCUUCCUGCAGCAAAGAAGGUACUUGAUUGUUUUAGAUGAUGUAUGGCACAUUAAUGAGUGGGCAGUGGUAGAUUACGCAUUAGCUAACAAUGGUCGUGGCAGUCGUGUGUUGCUCACAACGCGAAAUUCUGAAGUAGCAUCUACGUCCUGCAUAGAAUCUGAAGAUAAGGCCUUCUAUGUAAAGCCCUUAUCUCCGGACGAGUCCUGGGAUCUUUUCUGUAAGAAAUGUUUCCGGCGGAGCCCAUGUCCUCCUGAAUUGGAGAAACAUUCUAGACGUAUUUUGGAGAAGUGUGAGGGACUGCCACUUGCAAUUGUAGCCAUCAGUGGUGUUUUGGCUACAAAAAGACGUACAGUCGCCGAAUGGGAGACUGUUUAUCGCAGCCUUGGUGCUGAAAUUGAGGACAACAGCAAACUCAUCAAUUUCAAAGAAGUGCUUUUGCUGAGUUUUAAUGAUUUGCCAUACCACUUGAAAUCUUGUUUCUUGUAUUUAUGUCUCUUCCCUGAGUACCAUCUGAUUGAGAAAAUGAGACUGAUUAGAUUGUGGAUAGCUGAAGGGUUUGUUGAAGUCAAAGAAGGAAAGACACAAGAAGAAGUUGCUGAGGACUACCUUGAUGAGCUCCUGAAUAGAAGCAUGAUACAAGUAGCAGGGACAGCAAAUGAUGGUAGGGUCAGAACAUGCCGCAUUCACGACCUCCUGCGAGAAAUCAUCAUUUCAAAUGCUAGGGAUCAGAACUUUGUUGCAGUAGUUAAAGACCAAAACGCAACAUGGUCUGACAAGGUUCGUCGCCUGGCAAUGCAUAAUACAUUCCCAAAUGCACAACAUGAUAAGAAUGUUUCUCAUUUACGCUCCUUGUUCAUGUUUGGGAUGGGCGAUCCACUUUCCUGUUCAUCGACAAAUACAUUAUUGAUUCCUAAUACCUGUAGGCUGCUUAAGGUGUUAGACUUGCGAGGUGUACCUAUACAGACAUUUCCGGAGGAAGUUAUUAACUUGAGACUUUUGAGGUAUCUUAGCUUGAGAGAUACCAAAAUCAAGACAAUUCCAAGCUCUAUAGGGAAGCUUCAGGACUUGGAGACAUUGGAUCUUAAACAUUCCCAAGUUGCUGAAUUGCCAGUUGAGAUCCUGAAGCUCCGACGACUUCGUCAUCUUCUGGUAUAUCGUUAUGAGUUCACCUCGUAUUCACGCUUUCACUCCAAAUAUGGUUUUAAGGCUUUGUCAGGUAUAGGGACUCUACAAUCCCUUCAAAAACUCUGUUUUAUGGAGGUAAACCAUGAUAAUGCACUUAUUAUAGAGCUAGGAAAAUUAACGCAACUUCGAAGACUCGGCAUUGCAAACUUGAGAAAAGAAGAUGGAAGGCUUUUGUGCUCAUCCAUUGAAAAGCUGAUCAAUCUUCGUGCAUUGUCUAUCGUUUCAUCAGUGAAGGAUGGGUUCAUUGAUCUGCAAUGUCUUUCUUCUCCGCCUGAAUUUCUUCAAAGGCUAUACUUAUAUGGGCGAUUAGAAAAGUUACCAGAAUGGAUACCUUCUCUUGAAAGCCUGGCGGUAGUAUAUCUUAAAUGGAGCAGGCUGCCAGAUGAUGCAUUUGAAUCUCUUCAAAACUUGCCCAAUCUUAUUCAUCUUGAACUGCUGCAAGCUACGGAAGGAGACACUUUAAGUUUUAAGGCUGGCGGUUUUAAGAAGCUUGAACAUCUAGGCAUAGAUAAGUUUGAAGGACUCAAGUACAUAGAAGUGGAAAAAGGAGCAAUGCCUUGUCUUGAAAAUCUCAGCAUCCAACGUUGUAAAUUGCUGGAGAGGGUGCCAUUAGGGAUUGAAUAUCUGACCAAGUUAAAAGUGCUUGAAUUUUUCGAUAUGCCCGAGGAAUUGAUUAUGAACCUUCGUCCUGAUGCACAAGGUGGAGAUUAUUCAAAAGUUGCAAACAUUCCAGAAGUUUAUUAUACCUACUGGAGAAAUGGAGAAUGGGAGGUCUAUCCUAUAGAUUCAGGUGAGAAAGAGCACAACACUAACAAUAUUAACGAAAAGCUUCAAAAUCGUUUUAAAUAAUUUCUUGAUAGCCAGUUUGUAACUCCUCAUUUCUGUUUGUUUAUGUAAAAUUUUGGGUAUAAUGUAGAUUACAGACUUAUUCCUGUCUUUGCCAAUUGUCUUGGUAAGAUGAUAUAUUGUUGUCAUCAUGGCUUGGUAUGAUGCAUUGUAUUUGAAACCAACUCAAAGAUGAAAAAUUGAUGACGAUUG